AUGUACACUGAAGAACCACAAAAUGAACACUUGGAGGAUGAAAAUGUCCAGUCAUCUACAACUCCUGAGAUCCUCAAAGCUACCAGUGCUAAUGAACAUGAAGAAACUAAGGAAACCAUCUUUCCAGAAACAGAGGAAACAAAACCACAGAUGGAAAAGAAGGGCUCUUGUCCUCCACAAGGAACACUGAAUAAAGCUAUUACAAAUGGAGGUAUACUUUUUAUGAUAUGGUGUGUAGUCUGGGCAUUCUCAGGCCCUGAAGUUCUUCCUAAUGGAAGUUUAUUUGGACUAUUAGUUAUCUUUUAUUGUGCCCUUAUUGGGGGGAAACUUGUGGAAAACAUUAGACUACCUUCAGUGCCUGAAAUUCCUCCUCUCCUUGGGAUGUUACUGGCUGGUUUUGGCGUUAAGAAUGUUCCAUUCCUCAGUGAUAUCACCUAUAUUAGUAAUGAACUGUCUUCGACUUUAAGAAAUACUGCCCUCACCAUUAUUCUAGUACGAGCUGGGCUUGGACUCGAUCCACAGGCUUUGAAGAAUUUGAAGCGAGUUUGUUUCAGAUUGUCUAUGGGUCCAUGUCUAAUGGAGGCUUGUUCAACUGCUGUUAUUUCCCACUUCCUUAUGAAUUUUCCCUGGCAGUGGGGAUUUCUGUUGGGUUUUGUAGUUGGUGCAGUUUCUCCUGCUGUUGUUGUCCCUUCCAUGCUACAUUUGCAAGAAAAUGGAUAUGGUGUUGAGAAAGGCAUUCCAACCUUAUUAAUAGCUGCCAGCAGUUUGGAUGACAUCUUGGCUAUCACUGGAUUCAAUGCAUGCUUCAGCAUAGUUUUCUCCUCAGGUAACAUAUCUAGUAACAUCCUAUCCUCUCUUCGGGAUGUAAUUCUUGGUGCGCUUUUAGGAAUUGUUUUGGGAAUGUUUGCUCGACAUUUUCCAGGUAUCGAUCAGGAAAAACUUGAAGUGAAGAGAGCAUUUUUUAUUUUGAGUAUGUCUAUUUCUGCUGUCUUAGCCAGCCAUCAAUUUGGUAUGAAUACAGCUGGAGGAUUGUGCACACUAGUAUUGAGUUUCACUGCAGGGACAGGUUGGUCUAAAGAAAAGGUUAGAGUCCAAAAAAUUAUUGGAACUGCGUGGGAUAUUUUCCAACCUCUUCUUUUUGGUUUGGUUGGAGCAGAAGUAUCUGUUGCAUCUCUUAAAUCAAAUGCUAUUGGCCUUUUUGUUGGUACCAUGAGUUUGGCAUUAUUGGUGAGAAUUUCGUUUACAUUUGUAUUGAUGUCUUGUGCUGGUUUUAAUUUUAAGGAGAAAAUAUUUAUUGCUUUAUCAUGGAUGCCAAAAGCUACAGUCCAGGCUGUAUUAGGUCCUCUGGCUCUUGAAAAAGCAAGAAUGAGUGCACCCCAUUUGGAAUCAUAUUCGAAGGAUGUGAUGACAGUAGCCUUUUUAGCCAUCUUGAUCACAGCUCCAAAUGGAGCUCUAAUUAUUGGCAUUCUGGGACCUAAAGUACUCACUCGCUAUGAUAAAAGCAAAGUGAAAAUGGAGUUAUCAGGACUAGAACUUCAUUAA